GCGGCGGCGGCGGCGGCACCGCCGGAGCUCGGAACCGUCCUCGGGCAGCGGCCCCGGGCCCCGCGCUCGGCCCGCCAACGCCAGCGGCUGGAGCGGCCCCGUUCCCGGAAACCCAGCGGCAGGAGCGGCCCCGGCCCUGGAACGCGAGCGGCCCGAGCGGCCCCGUUCCCGGAACGCCAGCGGCAGGAGCGGCCCCGGGCCCCGGAACGUCAACGGCAGGAGCGGCCCGAGCGGCCCCGCUGCCUCCCUCGGGUAACGCCGGGGAGCCCUGUGAGAACCGCCUUCCCCUCGCGGCCCUGCCGGCCCGGCCCCCGCCGCCAUGUCGGUGGAUCCCAUGCUCUACGAGACGCAGUUCUUCGGGUUCACGCCGCAGACGUGCAUGCUGCGCGUCUACAUCGCCUUCCAGGACUACCUCUUCGAAAUGAUGCUGGUGGUGGAGGGCGUGAUGCUGAAGAAGCUGGACGGCAUUCCCGGCUGCAAAAUCAGCCCUUCCCAGAUCCGCAAAUGCACCGAGAAAUUCCUGCUCUUCAUGAAGGAGCAUUUCGAUAAACUGUUCUCUAAAAUGGAAGAAAUGCUGCUGCAGCUGGUGCUGAACAUCCCGAAGAACGUGCUGCUGCCCGAGGACAAGGUGCAGGAGCAGUAUCCCUACAGCGAGGAGGAGUUCCAGGCGCUGCAGGAUGAGCUGCAGCAGCUGCAGCAGCAGUGCAGGGACGAGGCGGCCGUGGAGCAGGCGCUGCUAGCAGAGCUGGAGGAGCAGAAGGUUGUCCAGGCCGAGCUGGAGAAGAUUUUGCAGUGCUUUGAUGGGCUUGAGAACAUCUGCAGGGAGCACGGGGCCGGCAACUUCAAGGAAAGCUUUGCCCUCCUGACACAGAGCUCUAAGAAAUUGCAGGAUGUGCUGAAAGAUGUUGAGGAGAAGAGCAAAAAAAUGAAGCAGCAUGAUCAGUUAAUGUAAUGGAAAUUCUGAGAAGGCAACAGAUGUCGCACAGAGAGCUUGCUUAAAAUGACAGGGGCUUAUCUUUGCGUUGCUCCUCUCCUCCUGCCAGGAUUUGGUCUAAAAGCUGUCGAACUGUGCCAGUUUGCACCUCCCUAAGGCAGGAAGGGUAGAAAGCAUGUAACUGAGAUUGUUAACGUUCCUAACUUUUGUGUCGCAUAACCGGCGUUUGAAAACACUGAAUGUUACCUUUGAACACAAUGUAGCACUCGCCCGUUUUAUGGGUUAUAAAAACAAAGCCUCCUUAAGACUUGUAGGAGUGUGUAGGUGGUUUCCAGCCUGAGGUCAGUGAGGCCACGGGGACUUAGCCCGUGGCCAAGGAGCUGCCUGGCCAUGGCUGUGGUGCCUUUCUCUGUGUUUGGGAAGCCAGCAAGGAGGAAUUGCAGGGAGAAGGAUGACACUGAUGCUGUUGACAAGGUUCUGAUGAGAUCUGUUGGCAUCAAACCAAAUUUCAGCCCAGUUUCUGGAAUCUCAGGGUUCCUCACCACUCCACCUGUGCUUGUGUUUCUCUCAGCACAGAGCAGAAGCCACUGGAGGAAAUGAGUAAUUCCAUCAGUUUGUCCUACUUCACCUUAUGUUGCUUUUCAUAUAUAUUUGUUUGGGAUUUUUUUGGUUGCCCAGUGUCCCUUUUCUACUAAACAAAGUUUCUCUUAUUAACAUUUAAUCAGAUUUUCCUGUGAAAAUGUUAUGAAUGUUGAUAAGCUCUUGUGUCUUAAUUAAACUUAUUCUCUCUGUACUUCAUUCACAAUCCCUGUCAGUCUGUGCAUCUUUCCAUGGCAGUGUUUAAAUCUCCAGUUUAGUCCUAUCAUUAAAUAUCAAUAUUAAUUUCUAAGUUAGUAGCAUAGAGGUUUAAAAGUCAUUAACCCUGUGAAUCAUUUAGAGGUGACUGCAAUAAAAAAGUGUAUUGAAAACAUUAAA